AUUUAUUUUGCUACCGAAUUUAUACAGUUUAAUAACAUAAAAAAAAGCUUCAGAAAAAUAGUAUUAAUUAAAUUGAGUAGAACACAAAGAUUGGACAAUAUUAGAUAUAGACAUCGAUAGCUACAGCUAAUCUUAAGUGAAAUCAAAAUUUUACAAUUGUUGAUAUUGAAAUUGAUAAUAAUAGCUACUUAAGAUUUAAGUGAAAUCUAAAUUUUUUACAAUUAUUUCAAUUUUGUACACUUCGUUGUAGCUAUUCGAAAGUUUUAAAACAAUGAAAAAUUAUAAGCAUGAAGGGGAGAGUUUACCAUUUCUUUCAACCCAAAAACCGGUGGUGCUUACACCUUCCUGGGAUGGACGGAGGUUUUCUAAUGAUGAACCCAAUAACAAAGGUAUGACAAUUACAAAGGCAACGCAGUUCCUCAAACCUCCAAUUGACAAAUGGAAGAUUGUAUUUUUUAUUUUUAUUAUUCAUGGUCUGGGUACAUUAACGCCUUGGAAUAUGUUUAUUACAGCUAAAAGUUAUUUCGUCGAUUAUAAAUUAAGUACACACAAUGGAACAAAUACAACUCAUACCGUUUAUGCUUCUAAUUUUAUGCAAUAUAUAAGUUUUGCAUCACAAAUCCCAAAUCUUAUUUUUAACUGGUUAAACGUUUUCGUCAAUUUAGGUGGAGACUUAACUAAACGUAUUGUGUACAGCAUAUUAGUAGAAAUAGUGUUGUUUAUUAUAACGGUUGUGCUUGCUAUGCUGGAUACGGCCAGUUGGCCUGGUACAUUCUUUUAUAUUACAAUGAUAACUGUUAUCAUUUUAAAUAUGGCAAAUGGUAUAUAUCAAAAUACAAUUUAUGGCAUGGUAGCAACACUUCCUAUUAAAUAUACUGGAGCAGUUGUGUUAGGGUCUAAUAUAAGCGGUCUUUUUGCUACAAUUAUGCAAAUUUGUAGUUCAUAUAUGUUUUCAUCACUUAAAACAGGAGCAAUUUACUAUUUCAUAACAGCGAUGUUGGUUUUACUUGUAUGUUUUGACACAUAUUUUGCACUGCCAUUAAAUAAAUUCUAUAGAUACUAUGAAUCUUUACGUGAAAAAGAUGCAAACAAAAAAUCUAACGUUAGUGUUGGAAAAAUCCCGUACUGGACAGUUUUUAAACUUGCGGGACCUCAACUUUUUAAUAUAUUUUUCACAUUUUUUGUAACAUUAUCGGUGUUUCCUGCAAUACACUCAGACAUUCGACUUGUUAACACUGAUUUCUUCAUUCCAUCAGAACUUUUUACGUCAAUAACGUGUUUUUUAACAUUUAAUUUAUUUGCUAUGCUGGGAAGUCUCUGUACUUCAUGGGUCAAAUGGCCAAGCUCUAAAUAUUUGGUAGUACCUGUUGUAUUACGAGCUGUAUUCUUGCCUUUAUUUGUAUUCUGUAAUUACCUACCAAAAGGAGUUGUUCGUGUACUACCCGUGUUUAUAACUAAUGAAUGGAUAUAUUGGUUUAUUGCAAUUACAAUGUCGUUUAGUUCCGGAUAUUUGAGUUCGCUUGGUAUGAUGUAUGCACCGCAAACAGUGCCUUCGAAAUAUCAAUUGACAGCAGGAAUGUUUGCUGCAGCUAUGCUAAUUACAGGAAUAUUUACUGGAGUUUUAUUUUCAUUUGUAUUUCCUGUUUUAGUAGCAAAUUUGUCUUUUUAAUAAAAUUUAAAUAUGUCUAAUUAGAAGACUACGUU